AUGGCCAUCGCUUCAAAGCAUAUCAUUACCCUUGUUGCGGGGGCUGCAACCGUUGCGGCCCAUGGACAUGUCAACAAUGUGGUCAUCAACGGGGUCUACUAUCAGGGCUAUGACCCAGGCAGCUUUCCCUACAUUCCUAGUCCACCCAUCGUCGCCGCCUGGGCGGCCGCCGACCUGGACAACGGCUUCGUCGCCCCCGACGCAUUCCAGACAUCAGACAUCAUCUGCCACAAGAACGCGACGAACGGCCCUGGGCACAUCCCAGUGAAAGCCGGCGACUCCAUCUCCAUCCAGUGGACGCCGACCUGGCCCGUCAGCCACCACGGGCCGGUCAUCGACUACCUCGCGAGCUGCGGAUCAGCCUCGUGCGAGACGGUGGACAAGACGACGCUCAAGUUCUUCAAGGUCGACGGCAUCGGCUACAUCAGCGGGUCAGGACUUGGCACCUGGGCCUCCGACGUCCUCAUCGAGAACAACUCGACCUGGCUGGUUCAGAUCCCAGCCACCCUCGCGAGUGGCAACUACGUCCUGAGGCACGAGAUCAUCGCCCUGCACUCUGCAGGCAACGCGGACGGUGCGCAGGCCUAUCCGCAGUGCCUCAACCUGGCUGUCACCGGUACAGGGAGCGUGCAGCCGAGCGGCGUGUUGGGUACUGCACUGUACCACGAGACGGACCCGGGGAUUCUGUAUGACCUCUACGGCACCACUCAAAGCUAUGUCAUGCCUGGGCCGACACAAUACACGGGCUUCCCGAGCUCGGUCGUCCAGACCAGCUCCGUCGCAACGGCAACUAGCACAGCUAUUAAGGGCUAA